GCAACGAUGGCCAUCGCGUACACCCGUAUGGGUCGAGUGCUGUGGGACUCGCGGCUCAAUGAACUCAACUGUAAUAUACAGUCAGAUGUGAUCCGAAAUAAGCAGAAAGUCGUCCGAAUGCUUAUAUGCGUGAUCACUGUAUUUGGCAUAUGUUGGCUGCCAUACCACUCAUACUUCUUGAGCACCUAUAUCUGGCCCGAUAUCAUCAAAACCAAACAAAUCAAACACAUCUAUCUAUUUAUAUACUGGUUAGCGAUGGCUAACUCUCUCUUCAACCCAAUUAUAUUGUUUGUUAUGAACAAAAGGUUCCGGAAUUGUAUCAAUUAUUACAUGCGAUUCCAGUGUCUGACCGGACGUACCAUUCAAUUGGAUUCACGGGUUUCUGUCGUUUCAAACAGCGCUCAGAAGAAGUCAUCGAAGAAGAAAAGACAACAAAAUAAUCACAAAAAUAAUAAUAAGAUUAACAAUAAAUCGACGGAAGUUUCCUUAUAA